CGGUCUGUGUGGACGGUACCGUGUAGACGGUGUUGUUUGUUCCGACAAAACUGCUCUUUCAUACCGAUCUCUGAGAUCAGAAUUUGUAGGGGAAAGAGAAGAGUUUAUUGAGAUGUCUGUAAACUACGCCGCGGGACUCUCUGAUUACGAUCACAAGGGGAAAUGUGGUCUGCCAGAGAAAUAUGACCCGCCAGACGUGCUUGCGGAGAAGGUGUCCCAGCUGGUAGACAUUGUCCGUGAGUCAGAACACCUGGUGGUUCACACAGGUGCAGGGAUCAGUACAUCUGCAGGGAUACCUGACUUCAGAGGUCCCAAAGGUGUGUGGACCCUGGAGCAGAAGGGUGAGACUCCCCAUUUUGACACGACGUUUGAGUCAGCGUGCCCCUCCCCCACACACAUGGCUCUGGUGGAGCUGGAGAGGCUCGGCGUCGUAAAGUACGUCAUCAGUCAGAACGUGGACGGACUUCAUGUACGCUCAGGCUUCCCCAGAGACAAACUAUCAGAGCUCCAUGGCAACAUGUUUGUGGAACAGUGUGACAAGUGUGGAAAGCAGUAUGUACGUGACACAGUUGUACCUACCAUGGCACUGAAGCCUACAGGUGGGCAGUGUACUCAGGUCAAGUCAAGAGGCAGAUGCAGAGGGAAGCUGCAUGACACCAUCCUUGACUGGGAGGACUCCCUACCAGAGAGAGACCUGGCACUGGCUGAUGAACACAGCAGACGCGCUGAUGUUGCCCUGGUGAUGGGGUCCUCCCUGCAGAUUGUGCCCAGUGGAAACCUGCCCAUGCUCACCAAGAAGAGAGGAGGCAAACUGGUCAUCAUCAACCUGCAGCCCAGCAAACAUGACAAGCAUGCGGACCUGCGCAUCCAUGGGUACGUGGAUGAGGUGAUGUCCAUGGUGAUGAACCAGUUAGGAGUCAGCAUUCCGAAGUACACCGGACCCAGCGUUGUGUUAGAGUCUCCUGCUCGACAAAGAGUCAUGCUCAAAAGGGAACAUACAACAGAGAACAUCCUUCACAAUGGAGACCCACAGAAUGCUGAUGCUUUUACUAACUGUACACAGAAAAUAAAAACAGAAGAAAAAGCUAAAACUAAAACAGAUACCUCAGGGGUAAAGGAUGUAUGUGACAGAGUGAUGAAUAGUGUAGACAGGGACACAGAAGCUACAGUUUCUCUGGGUAGUAGUUCUAGUAACAAUGUAUGUACAAGCUAUCAGUCUCCUCAGAAAACAGCAGAGAAAAUCACCAGUCAUGAAACACAUUCAACUAAACCAGCAGGGCAGGAGAUACAGAACUCCUCAUCUCAGCAGACAGACAGUUCUGUGUCUGCUAAAAGGCUGAAAUUAGACAGCGAUUAGUAAAGUUAUUAUUGCAAUACAAUAAUUGUGUUCUAUGUUUUAAGCACAGUUGAAAUUGCCCAAGAAGACCUCUCAGGGGACAGACAAAAUCUGGUCUAUAUGGACAGGUGGUCAUUGUAGACAGGAUUUCUAUUACUAGUGUCAAUGGGAAAUUUAUGUAAGGAACCACCAAGAAGUAAUGGCCAGGUGGUCCUUGUAUAGAGGUAGUCACUUGUACGGGUUUGACUGUAGUACAUGGUUCAUCAAAAUACUGUUAUUAAGUUCAUCUGCUGUUGUUGAGAAUGACUAUUGACAUCAUUAUCUAUGGUGUGUCUGGCUGAGACUUGUCAGCCCAAUGAAGGCUCUGAAAACCCGACCACAGGUCAGGCACAGGAGGGUUGCUGGAGUGAGGCAUGUUUUUGUACAGACUGGGCAGUCCUGUUUGGGUCGUAGAAGGAAACAUCAUAUACCAACAUAACAUAUGUUAGUGAUAGCACUUCAACUUGUUCUUGGGUAACAAAGACAUGUAGACCCCACUGUCAUUGAUCUCCACCGUCAUUUGUUCUACUAGAGUUUGUUGUACAAAAGUUUUAAUAAACAGUUUUGUUAUGUCACUUUGAA